AUGGCGGAUGCUGUGCCGGCGACGAAAGCUGUACGAUGUGACCGCAACCAGCCUUGCAUCAGUUGCCAGCAGCGGGGCAUUGCAUGCACAAAGUCCCCGCGUGUAGCACGCCCAAGACGGCAGAAACGCCUUGCUUCAGCCGCCCACCUUUCGAGAAUCCGCUACUUGGAACGACAACUCGAGCAUGCACGAUCCGCCAACUCCAACAUCUCCGAGCAAUCCCCGGGCACCCAGCGUCAUGACCCAAACUUGUCUGAGGAUGGCUCCCCUAACAACUCAGUAGUAUCCUCUCCCGCCUCCUUGGAUUCAGCGCCAACUGUGCCUCCGCCUGGCGCUCGAAUUCGCGUCAGCAGCCCACCAUCUCCCGACAUCACUCAUUCCGAAUCCGACAACCUGCUCGCCAGAUCAGCAGAUGAGAAUGAGUCUUCUUUGGUGAUGGCGGAGGGCUCAACCUCAUUAUCCGCUCAUUCCAAGAUGGCCAUGGGUUUCCUUGAUAGGGUCACGGUUGUUGAUAGAGAGCGUGGAUAUAACUUUGAUACUAAGGACCUUUUAGACGACCUUGAUCAGAUUGUCCAGGCAACCAAAGCUCCACAAGCAAUGUCAAAAUGCUACCCUGAUAUGGGCGUGCAACAACUCAACCAAUUCCCAAAGGCUUGUGCAAUGCCGCCUAUAGAGGCGUCAGUGGCCGCCAUACGAGGGGCGCAGCAAAGCCGUCACGUUACGUUUCUCUUUAUACAGACAUUCCUGCGUUCACAGUCACUUUCUGAUAUUUGCCUGAGGGUAUACUUUGCAUCUGAUUACUCCGUCGCCGAUUAUAUAAUCCUCAAUGCUGCUCUCACAUACUUUUUUGACGAUCAAAUCAUGAUCCAGAAGCCUCCAAAUAUAUCAAUGGACACGACCGAGUUCAAGUCUACCUGCCAAAAGAAUCUAGAGACGGCCCUUCUAAGUCUUCAACUUCACAUCUGGCCCAGCCUGGAGCUUGUUCUUGCUCUGACUUUAGGGGCAGUACAUGCAAUAGAAGUUCUGAAGCCUCACUGGGCAUGGUUGCUGGUGACCGCUGCAUAUCAGGCGUGCCAUUCCCUUGGCUACCAUCUUGCAAGACCGGACAAUGUGGGCUAUUGUGGACUAUCCAAUGAGCCUGGUCUGCUAUUCUGGGCUAUAUACUUCCUCGAGAAGACUCUCUGCCUUCGUCUUGGGCGGUGCUCUCGGAUCCCCGAAGGCGACAUCUCUCUACCCAUGCCAGGGGGGCAAGCUGGUCUGAACUAUGCACGAUCUAUGAUCAAGCUUGCGAAGCUGACCUCUAAGAUAUAUGAAAGCCUCUACGGACCGUACGCCAUGGCCAUUUUGCGCGACAAUGGGGUACUUCCCGUCAAGGAGCUGUCACGGGAGCUUGAUACACUAUCGGCUGAAUCACAGGUCGCCUUGCGCGAAUGGAGUCUUCGCACUCCAAAGAAUGAAUGGUCUGAACUAAUUGAGUUCAUGUCGUACUCGGACACAGUUCUACUCUACUCCAUCCAGACUCUAAUUUACCGCACUGAAACAGUGCCUGCCAGCCCAACAGCAAGCCUCACAACACAAUGUAUUGUUUCUGCUCGCAAAGCCCUGGCUUGUCACCAGACAUCACCUGUCGUUACUGCCGGUAGGAUGUCUGGUUUUCUUUCUUCAUAUAUGAGUUGGUUUAUCAUGCUGCGGCCUUUCACGCCCUACAUUGUCCUUUUUUGCAACGUCAUAGAGACUGGGGAUCAGGAGGAUUUGCAACGCAUGCGCGACUUUGUCAAGUCUUUGGAAUCCUUUACUUCGAGUUCUGCCGCGGCUCGCAAUCACCAGCGCCUUUUCCAAGUAUUCCACAACGUUGCUCUACGUUACACCGAGUUGAAGCAGAGUUUCGGCGCAGCCCUGUGUAGUGACGAAAUGCAAGAGACCCAUGAGAUCGACAGCUACCUCAAUGCCAUGGGGUUUAGUCAACAGGGCGUCACGGGCGAGGCAGUGGGUGAGCCGGCAAUGGCUUCCUUCUCUAGAGAAAUGGCAGACGCCGAUCAGCCGACCAUGCAUCUACCCUCCUGGUUUCAAAUCAGUCAGCAAAUGAUGGGGCUGAUGGACAAUGACCCAAUGACUUUUCACGGUCUGCACAGUGCUAGGCAAUGA